GACAGGGUUUCACCACGUUGGCCAGGCUGGUCUCAAACUCCUGACCUCAGAUGAUCCGCCCUUCUCGGCCCUGCAAAGUGCUGGGAUUACAGGCGUGAGCCACUGUGUGCCUGGCCUUGGGGUUUUAUAUAUUGGCUUACUUCUGGGGUCUUGCAUUACUUCUCCCCGAUUCUUCCCUUGGGGUGGGCUGUCCGCAUGCACAUGCUUGAGCCCACUCGCCCCACUCCUGAGAUCUUAUCGGGAAGCUGCUGAUCACUAGUUUCAGGUGUUUUCUAUCAGGAGCCUGCUGUUCCCUGGUGCCAGCUGUGAUCAAUUAUUAUUUUAGUGAGACAGUUAACAACCGCUUGACCAUCACCUGAUGGUUGCCCGACAUUCCUGAUACGUGUGUGUGGUGCGGAGCCCUCUCCUGCCCUGCUCAUUCCUGACUAGCUACCCACUGUAACAAGAUUGAGAUCUUGGGCAUCUCAGUCUUAUCUAUAGAGAAGUGGCUAGCAUGAGAAUAAAGCUGCAAUUUUAAAGAAGUAGUAGUUGUUUGUUUGGGCCAAGAAAAAGGUGUUGUAUUUUGUAGUCAGUAAAGUGAGCUUUUUGUCUGUGCUUAGAAAAGCUUAAUGAAGUGGUUUGCUUUGUAUCAUUGUAUCAUGAUUUCAGAGUGACCUUGUCUGCAGUUGCUAUUUUGUGAGAUUAUUUCUCUUCAAUAGGAGAAUAACAAGGCGUAGCUGUGAGUGUCAAGCCAGCUUCUCAAUGUUAAGGACUCUUUCCUUUUUCUUUCUUACAUGUUAGUUUUAUAAUACAUUUUUCAUUCAAAUAUACAUACAGAAAAGUACAUAAAUUAUAAAUGAAUUUUCAUAAAGUGAACACAUCAGUGUACUAAUGUUCGGCUUAAGAAACAACAUAUCCAACUUCCAGAAGUCCCCUUCAUGCACCCUUCAGAUCACUAACCCUGAAGUUACCCACUAUCCUGAGUCUAACACCACAGAUUAGUUUUGCCUGAUUUUGAAUUUCUUAUGACUAGAAACAUGUAAUAUGCACUUUUUUGAGUAUAGGCUUAUACUCAACAUUAUGUUUGAGAUUCAUUCAUGUUAUUCUGUGUCAUUGUAAUUAGUUCAUUCUCACUGAUGAAUAGUAUUCCAUCAUGUAAGCACACCAGUUUAUCUCCAUUCUAGUGCUGAUGGACAUUCGGGAGCUUCCAGUUUGGAGCAAUUAGGAAUUAGUUCAUAGUGCUGCUAUCAAUGUUCUCGUACAUGUUUUUGGUGAAUGCCAUGUAUAUAUUCCCGCUGGGGAGGAGUCAACUUGUUGUAUAUUUAUGUUCAGCUUUAGUAGAUAGUGCCAAACAUUUUUCCACAGUGAUUGUACCAAUUUAUGCUCACACCAGCAGUGUAAAAGAAUUCUGGUUGCUCUCUUUCCCAUGUUAUGUAAACUCUUCCAGAAUACAGAAAAAGAUGAAAACUUCUAAAUGCAUUCUACAAGGAUUCUAUUACCUUGAUACAAAAUUGAGAAAGUAUAGAAAAGGAAAACUAUAGGUUAAUGACAUCUUUAAGUGGAACUGUAAAGAUAAUGAAAAUAUUAGCAAACUGAACCUAUAAAUUUUUUAAAAAAACCAAACCAGGACCAGAAUGGGUUUAUUCCAAGAACAGAAGUAAUGCUCAAAACUAGGAGGUUUUGAAAUAAUGCAUACUAAUUUAUCAAUGUUAGCUAUUAUAUAAUUCAUUAAAUCCCAAAUUUAUUUUUGUUAAUAUAAUUCAUUAAAAUAGAAACUGUUAAUAUAAUUCCUUUCGAAGACUAGAGGAGAAAAGCAGAUAAUCUCCAAAGAUGCCAAAAAAGCCGUUGAUAAUAUUCAAUUCUCACUUUAAUAAAAAUUCUAGAAACAAAGAUAUAAAAGUCCAUGUUAUCUCUCCUUCAGUCUACUUGUCGGGUUCAUCAUCCAUUAUUACCCCACAUGAAAGCUAACUUCUUUUUCCUUGCUCCUCCAUUUGCUAGCUGUGCAGCCUUUGACAAGUUACUUAACCACUCUGCGCUGAUUUCCUAUGUGUAAAAUAAGAGUACCUACCUUAUGUUGUAAUGAUCAAGUCCUCAAUACAUUAUUCUUAAUCACUUUUUAAUUGCAAGAAUUUGGUCAUUAAACAUCCCUUUGACUGGAUUGCGAGCACCUUGACAGCAGGGACUAACAGUGGAACUUUCUGGAGACUUAAGGAAUGUUUGUUGAAUCCUGAUGCAAGCUUUCUCACCUUCCUGUGUUCUCUCAUUGCUUCCUCAUCCUGUCCAGCCGUCCGUCCACCCGUCGCAAGCCUAACCCCAGUCAAUAACCACUGUUUACAACACUUUCUUUGUACCCUUCUUAUAGUGCUUAUUACAUUGUUUUGAAUACUAAAUGAAUAUAUAGUGCGUCGUUGUGUUUAACAUUUAGGACAUAACCACUCAUAAUGUUACAGUUAAAAAAAUAGUUUUGUGCAUUCCUCUAGGGCCGAACUGUGCCGUACUUCUGGUUUCACUGUAUAGUGUCUACAAAGCACAGUGUCAAAGACAGAGCUCGGGAUGAGAACUGGGCUAAGGCGCGCCCCGCACUCCCCAAACCCUAUUAUUCAGGGCCCGGAGAGGUGCGGGCUCCGAAGGUGUGGAGAGCAAAACACGCAGAGCAGUGAUUCCACUCAUCAGUCACACAGUAAGGCGGGACAGCCCCAUCUCGCAGUUUUUCAUUAUUCAACACAGAGCCCAACGCGCACGCAACAGAUCCGCGCGCAGGGCUGUUUGGGGGCGCUUGGGGCGCACAAUCUGGGGCAGGCGGAACCUUAGUCCUCAGCCCCGCGUUUCCCGCGACUCCGCUCUCACCGCUACACUACCACACAAACGGCCUCCUUCCCCCACCCCCGGGGGCCCAUCCCGGUGGCGGGCUCCGGAGCUCGGGACUGCUAAUUUCAGCGAAACGAUUAAAAGACGCCUCUACAGCUGACAGCACUUUCUCUCCUCCGGCAGGGAAGGACGUCCAGCGUAGCGUCGCCCACGCUUCCCCGCCGGCGCAGAGCAGGCCUCACAGAAGCGCACGCCGCUGGCACGCACGCCGCCCCGCCCCCACGGCCCAGCGCCAGCCGCGCCCCGCGCUCGCACGCAUCCCGGCCUCACUGCCCCUCGACUCCUGUUCCGUUGGAGGGGCCUGAGGCGAGCCUGAGCGCGCUGUUGGCCGGAGGGAAGCCGGAGGAGACCGGGUCGACUGGGCAGAGCGGCAGAGGGUCGAGGAGCCUGCUCUGCACGCCCAGGGAGUAGAAGUGGGCAGGGAGCAGGGUCAAGUGAGGGAGCGCGCCGCGACUGAGCUUGGGUCCGACUGGAGCUCAGGCUCGCGACCCAGACUGGUGGGCCAGGCCUCCAAGCCGGCCUUACACCCAAUCCAAGGAGGACAGACCGGACACAGAGGGACGGAGCGAGCAAGGAGACAUGGCUUCAUCAUUCCUGCCCGCGGGGGCCAUCACCGGCGACAGCGGUGGAGAGCUGAGCUCAGGGGACGACUCCGGGGAGGUGGAGUUCCCCCAUAGCCCUGAGAUCGAGGAGACCAGUUGCCUGGCCGAGCUGUUUGAGAAGGCUGCCGCGCACCUGCAAGGCCUGAUCCAGGUGGCCAGCAGGGAGCAGCUCUUGUACCUGUAUGCCAGGUACAAACAGGUCAAAGUUGGAAAUUGUAAUACUCCUAAACCAAGCUUCUUUGAUUUUGAAGGAAAGCAAAAAUGGGAAGCAUGGAAAGCACUUGGUGAUUCAAGCCCCAGCCAAGCAAUGCAGGAAUAUAUCGCAGUAGUUAAAAAACUAGAUCCAGGUUGGAAUCCUCAGAUACCAGAGAAGAAAGGAAAAGAAGCAAAUACAGGUUUUGGUGGGCCAGUUAUUAGUUCUCUAUAUCAUGAAGAAACCAUCAGGGAAGAAGACAAAAAUAUAUUUGAUUACUGCAGGGAAAACAACAUUGACCAUAUAACCAAAGCCAUCAAAUCGAAAAAUGUGGAUGUGAAUGUGAAAGAUGAAGAGGGUAGGGCUCUACUUCACUGGGCCUGUGAUCGAGGACAUAAGGAACUAGUCACAGUCUUGCUGCAACAUAAAGCUGACAUUAACUGUCAGGACAAUGAAGGCCAAACAGCUCUACAUUAUGCCUCUGCCUGUGAGUUUCUGGAUAUUGUAGAGCUGCUGCUCCAGUCUGGUGCUGACCCCACUCUCCGAGACCAGGAUGGCUGCCUGCCAGAGGAGGUGACAGGCUGCAAAACAGUUUCUUUGGUGCUGCAGCAGCACACAACUGGCAAGGCUUAAUCAAAAGACUGGAAAACUGCAGUCUGUAAUAGCAUAAGGCUUCCAUUAUGAAAGAAAACUACAAAAAUAAUACCUCUUUUCCACCCGUCUUUGGUAUGUAUUGGCUAAUAAAAUCAGUUCUGUGGAACUGGAA